AUGGGUUUAGUAAGGAACAAUCAAAACCCACCACUAUCAGCCUCCCAUAAUAUCUCCCUCCCCGGGCCCCACGUCCUCCACCCAAUCCUCCACUACGACCCCAAUAACAGUGCGUGCUCCAUCUGCCAACUCCAGUCCAGCGGGCUUAUGUUGACGUGCAAGACCUGCAACCUCAGUCUCCUCCACCAGGCGUGCGCGGAGUUCCAUCAAGCUUGUGCCCGCCUCCCGAGGUCUCUCCCCCACCCUUCCCAUGCCGGCAGCUGCGGCCUCCCACUCUCCCUCGCCCACUGCGCCUACCCUGGCGGCAAGUUCAUAUGUGACGGCUGCCGCCAGACGGGCGAGCGCUGGGGCUACCACUGUGCCAAGUGCAAUUACGAUCUGCACGAGAGGUGCGCGGUCAGGCCACAGAGGAUCAGGCACCGGGCCCACGCGUCCUGCGAGCUGGCCCUCAUUUUCAAGGGCCCGUUUCCGAAUUCGCUUGGGUUUGUUUGCGACGUGUGUCGCCAGCCAGGGGAGAACGAUCUGUGGCGCUACCGCUGCCAGAAUUGUGAUUUUGACGUCCAUUUGGAUUGUGUGGUUUGA